AGCAGGAGGGGGUCACCGCAGCGGUCGGCUUCCCUGCCGCCUCUGGGCACCUAAGCGGCAGCGGCCAACGGCGCCUCGGCUCCUUUAAGGCUGGGGAGGCGAAACGCGAUCCCGCAGUGAGCGCGGGCUUCUGCCGCUGCCGCAGGAGCAGCCGUAACAGCCGCCUCUCCGUAGAACCGAAGCCCACGCGUGGGCGGGCGUCGGGGCUCUCCCGGCUGCAGGGGCUCGCCAGCAGCGAUGGGCGGGAAAGCCGGGCGGUCGCGCUGAGCCCUCAGGCAGAAGAAAGAUGACUAUCUUUAAUAAACUCAAUGUGGGUAUCGCUGUCAGCAGUUUUGCUAUAUUUCAGCUUACCUUCCAUGUGCUAAGUUCUUGGAUAUCUUCACGCCUAAUAGCUGGUUUUAAUAAUCUUGACCAAAAGAAGAAAAUCGAAUGGAAUACAAGGACAGUAUCUACAUUCCAUGCCUUGGUGGUUGGAAUAUUUUGUGUGUAUAUUUUAUUAUAUGAUGAAGCUAGUAAUGCUGACCGUGUUUGGGGUGAUCCUUCUACAGUGCAACUAAAUCUUGCUAUUACUUCAGGCUACCUCAUUUCAGAUUUGUUGCUUAUUAUUUUGUACUGGAAGGCAGUUGGGGAUAUAUUUUUUGUAAUUCACCAUGUAGUAGCUCUGUAUGCAUACUACUUUGUACUGGAUAGAGGAUUAUUGGCGUAUUUUGCCAAUUUUCGUCUGCUUGCAGAAUUCUCUACCCCUUUUGUGAAUCAGCGGUGGUUCUUUGAAGUGUUGGGGUAUUCUAAAGCUUCAAAAGCCAACAUCAUCAAUGGACUGCUAAUGACCAUCAUGUUCUUCCUAGGGAGGAUCCUAGUCAUUCCAAUUUAUUAUAACAGUGUUGCUUCUGAGUUUGGAACAGAAGCUUUCUACAGAUUAGGAUUGGCAGCUCAAAGCGCUUGGUUUAUCUCCAGUAUUGUAUUGGAUAUUAUGAACUUAAUGUGGAUGGUCAAAAUUACACAAGGAUGUUACAAAGUUAUUUGUCUCAUUGGACAAGAAGAAGCCAAAGCUCAUAAAAAUGGCAACUCUGACAACACAAGGAAAAACAUUUAAUAGUAGUUUGGGGUAUAUUAAAAGAACAAUGCACACUUUUGCCAUAAAAAGUUCCUCUUAAGGAAAUAUGAUGUUACUUUUCUUAAAUUUAGCAUUUCCAAUAACACGCCUGGGUCUCCAAAACUUUUUCAUCUGAAGACUUGGAUUGUGUGGAAUCGGAAACAACAACAUGCUGCAUAUGUUGACCUUGGCUGGGUGUCCUAAGCAUUUAGUAGUCAGCUGAGCCCAUGAAGGAUCUAACUCUUUUAGCACUAUGUUCCUGUGAAUUUUCACUCAGGUUUCUUAAAAUGAUGUUUUUAAUGCCUGUGAAUGUCAGGUUCUUUGUUUACGUUCUGCUAAUACGGCAACUUUCCAGGCAUGUUUCUCUACUUUCUUAAUAUUUGGUGUUCAUAACUGAAGAUUCAUCUGCUUUGCAAAUUAUUUGCUUUGGAUCUAUACAGUUUACUCCAUAUUCUGCUGCCUUACAUGCAUGAACAUGAUCUUUGGGAUUCAUAGACUAGUUUUACAUAAAGAUACAAAUUUUAGCUUGAAUAUCUUUUUUCUUAAAUAAGUUAUUUUUAUUGCUUCUUACUGUACAUAAAAAAUAGCUACAGCUGUUUUGAACUUUUUAAAUAUCCAAAUUUCAACAUAUUUGCAUGGUAAAGAGUGUGGAGAUUUUAAAAAAUGUGCCAGUAUUCUCUUUCCCUAUCACAAGUAUUGGGACUUUGAUCUGUUUUCAGUGUGUUAUCGUAUUACAGAUAGAUUUUAUGCUAUAAAAACUACUGAGGGGGGAAGCAUUAAUGAAUUGGGGAUAUGUGGAUUGUCACAAGACCCUCUAUAGUUAAGAAAAGUUAAACUUAUUACCAAUCAGUUCAAUUUAAUAUCUUUUUUUCUUUAACACAGUUUAGGAAAACGUGCUUCAAGAAGAAAACUCCUUUAAAAAACCACUAUCUAUGCCUUUUCUGUAAAAUUAUGGAGAAAUUCUUCAAAAAGAUACAUUGAUGCAGAUUUAUGUUAUUAGAGAAGAUAUUCAACAUCACUCAGCUCUUGACAAUGGCUAUUUGCAGAAACAUUGCUAAUAAAUAAAUAUUUAUUUA